CUUGAAUAUCUCAAAAUGACAACUAAUACCUCAUUCCAGAUCACUCUUGAGAUAAACCCCAAGCAUCAAGCUGUUGGGGGAGACUUGUCUUGAACCCAGGAUCCUAACCAUAUUCAACAUUGUAAUUCUACAAAAGGAGCUGUUAAGUUCUAUAAUUCUUCACUUCGAGAAAGUAGGGUGAGACAUAACAAGAACUUUUUCGCUUCACAUAAUGUAGGAGCUAAUUCAAAAGACCUCUAGGACUCACUAAUGAGAGCCAGAGUAAUAAAUACUAUUCGCAAAUUCCGGAGAGACAAGAUCUCUGGUACCACCAGAUUAUUACGUCAGAGUCUGAUGAAAGUGGAGAUGAAGCUUAUGGCCUUCUAGAGCCAAAAUCAGAAGUUUUGGUAAGAAAUAAGCAUACAAAAGGCUUAACCCCGAAAUACCCGAAAUAUUUAGCUGACUCAGAAAUAUAUGAGAAAAUGGAGAAUGCCUACAAUGGAAAUAGUUUCUCCAAUCCUAACACUCACCAAAAAUAUAGAGUAACUAAUAUUCCAAACAUUAAAGGAAAUACACCACUAAAAGCUGAUUGCUCGUGCAAAGAAAAACUGACUCUUCCAAUAGUGAGAAGAAUAGUCCCACUCAGCCAAGAAGAGAUAAAGGGCAAGAAAAAUGAGAUGAAGCAUCAAGCUCCAACGCUUGGAAGUUCAUGAAGUAAAGGAAAAAGGCAGUUUAGUGAUGAAAGAUAUCUCAGAACCAAUGAUGACUUGACCAUAAAUGACAGGAUUAAUAGGUCAAUGGGAAAUGAAUGAAACCUUACGCUCUCAACACCUAGUAUUGCUACUUGGAAUGAUAAGAUAAAUAAAUCCUCUUCUGGUCAGCUGCUAAACUCCUUUAAUACAUACAAGUAAGAUUAGAAAUGUGAAUUUUUAGGAAUAAAAGUAAGAAACUGAUCAGGGAAUAAUUAAAAUCUAGUUACCUCAGUUAGCUCGUACAAAAGUAUCAACUGUAAAUCAAUUGAGUUUCCUGAUAAUAAGACUCCUGUACGCAAGACUGAUAUAAAGCACAGGUUUUAAUAAGUAUGCAGUGAAAACAUUAAAGAAAAUCAUUAAUCCAGAGCUUAACCAUCAUGUAUCUAAAUUUCUACUAGAUAGGCAUAAGAAGUUAUCUUCAAACACAACUAAGGCUAAGAUGCACUUUCAGAAGAGGUGAAAGCAAGGAAGUCUGCAACCUCUGAGAGUGAGAAAGAGGCAUUAUUUCAUGUCGGAUUUGUUACAAAGACCUGGCUCGAAGCCUCAUAAGAUAAAUAUCA